UUUCGGGCUGACGGACGGGUUCUCCCUUUCCAUAAGCCACCGAGUGGGAAAGGGUUGCUUGAGGGAAACCCAAAAGCCUAGGACAUGAACAUAUAACCGUUCGUGGGGCCCUCCCCUCCGUCCCGCCGUCCCGGUCUGUCGGAUUCUCCCUUGAUCGCCGUCCACCUCCAUUGCAAUCUCCAGUGUGUCUCGCCCACGGGAUUUUUGACCCCUCGAGGUCUACGACCUCCUUAGACCAGCCAGACGUCUCUGUGUGUGUUUCGAUCAGCCACGCCCUUCGCCAUGGUCGAGGGAAACCUACCUGGCGAGAGCAACGCGCUCAUGGUCCAGGUGCCCGCCAUCGUCUUCUUCGUCCUGACGCCCAUCUUUGUGGGCAUUCGGUUCUGGUCACGGAUCAAGAUGAGAUCUGGCUUGGGCUGGGAUGACUGGACGAUCCUGUUCUCGUUCUUCUGCUGCCUGACCGUGUCAGUCCUGAUGAUGAUUUCUUGCGAGUUUGGUUUCGGUCAGCAUAUUAAGAAUCUCUCCAAGCCGAACAGGCUGAUGACACUCAAGCUCUUCUAUGUGGCCCAGAUCUUCUACAAGAUCACCAUCAACCUUACCAAAGCCUCGAUCCUGCUCCUCUACCUGCGCAUCUUCGUGCAACGGUACUUUAGGAUCCUAUGCUACAUCCUACUCAGCAUCAUCCUGGCGUACAUGGUGGCUACGUCGGCUUCGUCCAUCUGGCAAUGCACUCCCAUCCCCCGCGCAUGGGACAAGUCCAUCCCCGGCACCUGCAUCAGCUUGACGAUGAACUGGUACGCCAACGCUGGAUUUUCCAUCGCCACCGACAUCCUCAUCAUGGCGCUACCCCAGCACGUCUUGUGGAAGUCGAAGCUUCCCAUCAACCAAAAGAGAGCCCUCAUGGUUGUCUUUGCCCUGGGUUUGUUCGUCACCAUCACGAGCAUCCUGCGUAUGACGACACUGGACUUCUCUACCACUAGCCCGGACACCACAUUCGAUAUCGCCUCUACCCUCUGGACCCUCGUCGAAGACAACGUCGCCAUCAUCUGCGCCUGUCUGCCCAUGUGCCGCCUCCCCCUGACCUACAUCUUCCCGUCCUAUUUUGCCUCCAAGCAGGGCUCAAGCGCCGGGAGCUACAACAUCAAGUCCGCCCCGCGCACAAACAGCAGCGCCUUCAUCCACGCCGGCACGAGCCGCAACGACUGGCACCCGUACCAGGGCCGCGAGGAGAAGACCGGCAUCCACCUGACGAGCGUGCAAGCCAAGCCCAAGGCCGGGGACGACACGAGUGAGGAGUACAUCUUGCCGGCGGCGACGACGACGGACGCGAGGCAUGUGAGAACCCCGAGCGAGGAAGCGGAGGACCGAAGGGCUAUUAGGAAAACGAUGGCGUUUCACAUGACUUAUGAUGAGAGUGCGGCAAAAGUUUGAAGAGAGGAAUGCGGAGGGCCGAUACCAAAAAAAGGGGGAACGGACUUGAGGCAGUACUCUUGCUAGGAACAUGUAGAUUACCACCGCACCAGA